ACGAUGAAAAGGGAGGAAAACAAGAAAACAAAGACAAAAAAAAGGAAGUUAACAUUGGUUGGUGGUUCUUCCCCGCGCGCGAAGCUCACCGAUGGGUGCCAUUCAUCCGAAAUCCUCUGAAUUUCCCCUUGAGCGCAUGUCCUCUCCAGAUGCUUUGUUCUGCAGAUGUCUCCGUUGAUAGUCGUUCAGACUUUAACUCUUUUGAUCAUUUGAGAAGCAUGCGAUAUGUUUUGGCAGAUAGACCAUGGCUGAUGUUAUAUGGCAUAAGAGUUCAGCCUGUAGCACCAUUCAGCAGUUUGUGCAGAAGACCUGAUCCAGCACUCAUUCAUCAAAGCUUACCUGAUGAGUUACUUUUUGAGAUCUUUGCAAGAAUGAGCCCAUAUUCUUUAGGGAGGGCUGCUUGUGUGUGCCGCAAGUGGAAAUAUACUGUACGAAAUCCGACUUUGUGGCGGAAUGCUUGUCUCAAAACUUGGCAGAGGUCUGGAAUGGAGGCUAACUACCGGAUGGUGCAGUCAUUGUAUGACUCAUCUUGGAGGAAAAUGUGGAUGCUGAGACCAAGAAUCCAAUAUGAUGGUAUUUAUGUUAGUAGGAACACAUAUAUCCAUACCGGGAUUGCGGAGUGGCAGUUCACAAAAACUGUCAAUGUGGCUUGCUACUAUCGGUACUUGAGAUUUUUUCCAAGUGGAAAGUUCCUAUACAAGAUUUCCCCACAGAAGAUUAAGGAUGUCGUCAAGUGCAUGCAUUUCCGGGCAUCCAAAGGUGAUUGUGUAUUUAAAGGCGACUAUCUACUGUCAGAGGAUGGCCAGAUAGAACUGGCACUCCUAUAUCCAGGGCAUCGUUACACACUAGUUAGGAUGCACCUUAGGCUUAGAGGCACUACACUUGGUGCAAACAACAGGUUGGAUGUCGUAAAGAUCUUAACCACUGGUGUGAAUGCAACUGAACUUAGAAACUGGAAAGGCAGCGUUCUUGAACUUGUGGAGAGCUGGGGGGAGGAUGAGACACAUGAUCCGGAAGUUCCUGCUGUUUCCCACAGCAGGGGUUUGACACCAUUUGUGUUUGUUCCAUUCGAGGAGGCCGAUACUUCAGUGAUGAAUCUGCCAGUGGAGAAGAUGGAUUACUUUGUCCCUGGGUGAAACUCCCGCAGACGAUCGAUGGAAUUUCCAGUAUAUAAGACGAAGUAAUAUAAUCAACAUUUCAAUUCCAGGCUAUGCUGAUUGUAGUGCAAGAAUGUGCAUAUAUACACAAUUAGUCCUUGUUCCGUUUUUAGCUCGUGUUGUUUGUGUACUGUUGUAUGAAUACUGCUAUAUAUAUUUGUGAUGCUUGUAAAUGGAGAAUAGAAUAAAAUAUAUAUUGUUGAAACAAAUGGAGAAGUCAUCCUCCAGCAAUAUGAUCCUGCAUGACACAAUAUGUGCAGUACUCCCU